CCUCUAAAUCAUGUGAUUCAGGUGUUCCAAUCCCCUCCAAAUCAUGUGAUUCAGGUGCUCAAAUCCCCUCCAAAUCAUGUGAUUCAGGUGUUCCAAUCCCCUCCAUAUCAUGUGAUUCAGGUGUUCCAAUCUCCUCCAUAUCAUGUGAUUCAGGUGCCCCAAUCCCCUCCCAAUCAUGUUAUUGAGGUGUUCCAAUACCCUCCAUAUCAUGUGAUUCAUGUGUUCCAAUCCCCUCCAUAUCAUGUGAUUCAGAUGUUCCAAUGCCCUCCAUAUCAUGUGAUUCAGGUGUUCCAAUCCCCUCCAUAUCAUGUGAUUCAGGUGUUCCAAUCCCCUCCAUAUCAUGUGAUUCAUGUGUUCCAAUCCCCUCCAUAUCAUGUGAUUCAGGUGUUCCAAUGCCCUCCAUAUCAUGUGAUUCAGGUGUUCCAAUCCCCU